UAUCUUCUGGAUCCCACCCCCCGUGAAGACCUACAGGUUGAGUCACAAUGGAGGACACGUACAAUAACAGGACUUCCCUGGUUAAGGGGGCCAAGGACAUGGUCAAGGAGGCCAAGCGGCAUGCCGCGAAGAAAGUCAACAAGGUGGUGGACCGUGCGACAGAUGAGUACUCCCAUCGCAACUACAGCCGAUUCCAGGAUGAGGAGGAUGAAGAUGAGGAUUUCUACCGGAACCCCCCAAGACAAGAUGGAGAGAGUUACAAUGACAAUGAGGAGGGUUCCAGUGAUGCCACAGAGGGCCACGAUGAUGAGGACGAGAUCUACGAGGGCGAGUACCAGGGCAUACCCUCUGCAGGAGAUAGGAAGCAUAAGGAGGGUCAGGUGGCGCUGGGGCAACUGAUGUCGGAUGCCACAAAGGACCGUAAGGGGCUGGAGGAGGAGAGACAAGCUGAUGAGGAGGAGUUGGCCCAACAAUAUGAGCUAAUCAUCCAGGAGUGUGGCCACGGGAGGUUCCAGUGGCAGCUCUUCUUCGUGCUCGGCCUGGCACUCAUGUCAGAUGGAGUGGAGGUGUUUGUGGUGGGCUUUGUGCUGCCCAGCGCAGAGACAGAUAUGUGUGUGCCCAACUCCAGCUCGGGAUGGUUAGGCAGUGUUGUUUACUUGGGGAUGAUGGUCGGAGCGUUCUUCUGGGGAGGGAUGUCUGACAAAGUGGGCCGCAGACAGUGCCUCCUCAUUUGCAUGUCCACGAACGGCUUCUUCGCCUUCCUGUCAUCUUUUGUCCAGGGUUAUGGCUUCUUUCUCCUUUGCCGUGUCGUCGCGGGCUUUGGGAUAGGAGGGGCUGUGCCCAUCGUUUUCUCCUUCUUUGCAGAGGUGCUGUCCAGGGAGAAAAGAGGAGAACACCUCAGCUGGUUGUGUAUGUUCUGGAUGAUUGGGGAAAUCUAUGCAUCUGCUAUGGCCUGGGCCAUCAUACCACACUACGGUUGGAGUUUCAGUAUGGGUUCAGCAUACCAGUUUCACAGCUGGAGGGUCUUUGUGGUCGUCUGUGCCCUGCCAUGUGUUUGUGCUGUGGUGGCACUUACCUUCAUGCCUGAAAGUCCCAGGUUCUACCUUGAGGUGGGGAAGCAUGAUGAAGCCUGGAUGAUCCUCAAACAGAUCCACGACACCAACAUGAGAGCACGUGGGCAACCGGAGAAAGUCUUCACUGUAAACAGGAUCAAGAUCCCCAAACAGCUGGAUGAACUGGUGGAAAUGGAGUCAGAGUCUGGCAAUCCAGUUUCCAAAUUUUUCUUUAGGAUAAAGGCUGAAAUACACGGGAUCUAUCUGAAUCUCAUGAAGUGCUUCAACUACCCAAUGCGAGAAAACAUGAUGCGACUAGCCAUAGUGUGGUUCACACUGUCAUUUGGGUACUAUGGACUGUCAGUCUGGUUCCCUGAUGUCAUCAAACACCUUCAGGCAGAUGAAUAUGCCUCCAAAGUAAAGAUCUACAACAAUGAACGCAUUGAAGACUUCACCUUCAAUUUCACUCUGGAAAACCAGAUACACAAAAAUGGUCUCUUCAUCAAUGACCGAUUCAUCAGUAUGAAGCUGAAAUCCGUCACCUUCGUUGACUCCACUUUUCGUAACUGCUACUUUGAUGAUGUGACAUCAGUGGGCUCCUUCUUCCGCAAUUGUACUUUCAUUGAUGCUUCCUUCUUCAACACAGACAUCGAUGAAUCCAAGUUGAUAGAUGGCACCGAGGUGGUCAACAGUACGUUCACCCACAACAAGACAGGAUGCCAGAUGACGUUUGAUGAUGACUACAGUGCCUACUGGGUUUACUUCAUCAACUUCCUGGGGACCUUGGCUGUUCUGCCCGGGAACAUUGUAUCUGCCCUUCUCAUGGACAAAAUUGGGCGUCUCUCCAUGUUAGGUGGCUCGAUGGUCCUUUCAGGCAUCAGUUGUUUCUUCUUGUGGUUUGGCACCAGUGAGUCCAUGAUGAUUUUCAUGUUGUGCCUUUACAACGGCCUGAGCAUCUCUGCAUGGAACUCCCUGGAUGUGGUCACGACUGAGUCAUUUCCUACCGUUAGGAGGGGAACAGGCUUUGGGUUCUGCAACGCUCUGUGUAAGCUGGCUGCAGUCUUGGGGAACCUGAUUUUUGGUUCUCUUGUUGGCAUCACAAAGGCCAUCCCCAUCCUCAUGGCCUCAUCUGUGCUCGUCGGGGGAGGCCUGGUUGGACUCCGGUUGCCUGACACCAUGGCAAAUGUCCUCAUGUAACACCGGCUCGGCGCUCAUCCUCUGGGAUAAACCUGGAUGUAAGCUGGGUGGAUCCAAAAGGCCAGCCCAGGGAGUGUUGAGCAAGAAGUGCAAAUGGCUUGGUUCACGCAUAUCUUAACAUUAUUAAUCACUUUUUGGUAAUGUACUUUAAGUAAGCUGAUUAGCAACCCACCCUUUCCCGCGUGUUUCACUUUAAGUAUAGAGAGAUGGAAAGAUUCCUCAUUAGCCAAUAAGCUCUUUUGUGAACGUAUUGUCAGGAGGCUUCACACGACAGAGCUGAGAGUUUGCGCAGGUUUUGGUACUGGGAUUUUGGUGGAGUUUUGUUCAGUGACUCGUUGCACCUUCCAGCUGCAGCCAUAACCUAAUGUGGAGCCACUGCAUGGUUAAAGCUCAGAGAUUUUAAUAUUGAUACAGUCUUAUUAAGACAAGACAGAUGGGAAGAAAAGUGAAAAACAAGCUGUAAUGAGCACAGCCAACCUGCUGUGUGACAAGGCAGGGAAUAGAUGAUCAGACAGAGCGGUCACACGACACAGCUGUAUGACAGCUGGCUUGCCCACAGGACCCACAUAGGCAGGACAUGUUGUAGUCAGUGUGCAGAGAAUCAACAUGCACAGAUCCGCACACAAAUAUACUUUAUGUGCAAAUAAAUGUCUUAGAAUAGACUGACACUCACACAGAACUACACCUUUUGCCCUCUCUACACUUGCACCAUUCUGUAUACACAAAACUGGAGUUUUCUCAACAUGACAUUUCCUCAGACACCGACAAACUUUUCAAAGUAGAUAAUUCACAUUAGACACCAAGCCCUUUGCAUUACCUGCCCAACCCAGAAUCAAAAAGGCCAUACUCAAAAACUAUUUUCUUGUACCAAUAAUUGUACAAUAUGUUGGUAUGAGGCUGCUAACUGUAUUUUCUGUUGUGUCGUUGUGGAAGUUGGAAUGGUGAAUUAUUCCUUUUAUCCAAAUGUCGUCCCCUUCCGUGUGUUGUAUUAUCGUACAAAGGUUCUCUGACGGGCUCUCCUUCUCAUUUAGCGUUGCGUUGCCUCUUGCUUGUGGCAGUGACGUUGAUGAUGACAUGUCACGCCACCUCCUUUCAAAAAUACUGAAUGGCCUUUUUUUAAAUGUGCCUCUCCUUAACCGGAGCAGUCUGCCCAUAGUCAUGUGGCGUUCAAAGGUCAUAAGGAACAGGAAGAAAUGAAAUAGGACAUAAAUAGAUAAAAUAGUUUUUGUGUUUUGUGUAUAUGUGUUAAAUAGCCAAUUCGGUAUUUUGUUAGGAUGUGAAUUAAUUUUGGGUCUCCACCUUGUCUCCUUUGUUUAACAUCCAUAUUUUGAUAAAACUUAUUUUUGUGAGCCUCCUUCUCUCAUGAAUAAAAAAUAAUAAGCUUGUUAACAAAGUAUCAUUUGAUCAAAUGGUGUAACUCACCAUGCAUGACUGUAAAGUAAUAAUGUACAUAACAAUCACCUCAAACGUCUCCUAAGGAACUUUUUGGCUUAGUGCUUUAAAUCAUCUCAGAUUAUUUUAAUAUUUAAUGGAAGAUGUGGAACAAAUACAAAACUGGAUGAUAAAUGUGAGCUUGCAAGAUUUUUGUGUUGAAAAUGUAAUUUUGCCAUAAUCUCACACUAUAUAACACGGCCUACCUUGUAAUAGUUAUAAUUAUCUUGUCUUUCAACAUUGGGACCUCGAUGCAUAAAUAAUAAAAAAAUAAUAAAAUACCUCUAACACUUAAAACUGACAUUGACAUUUUCCACAUAUGUUUAACAUAACAGUUAAUUUGCUCUCCGUCCAGUUUAAUUUGUGCCUGUGGAUUGUAUUUUCUGUGGCUAGCAGCCAGCGUCCUCCUGCUUUUCUCUGUAUUUGUGCUAUCUGUGAUUGCAGCGUAGAGGUAGUUUGCUCUUGCACUGCAGUUGACUCUGUUAAGGCUAGUCAAUAAAUAAAAUAAAUGAAUAAAACACAGGCUUCCAUAGUGGUACUGUACAUGUGCAUCCAUUUUUAUUGACCCAACCUUUUCCCAUAUUUUGUCUAAUCAGUUGUAAAUACAUGAUGAAGUGUGCUGCUAUUUGUGCAACAGAUAUUUUUUUGACCGUAUGAUUUCAAUAUUUUUACAGCAAAAUUAUGGCAUAUAGAUUCUAAAUAGAUGCACUGAUUUAAAGGUAACUUUGGCUUCGGCCCAGCGUCAGUCCAGCACCGCUGACUGUUGUCAGUAGCAAGAAUAAAAGGACGUGUGAUCCGUGUGGUUCUGGAUGUGUCCAAAGUUUAGUCCAUAUCAGAUCUACCUGCUGUGUUAUACUGGGGAGAAAUGAUAUUACCUGUUAUGUUUGAGGUAUUGUGGGGUAUUGCUUAUAUGUACUGUAUUUAUGUGUGUGUGUGCGCGGAUACCUAUGUGUGUAAGUGAGAGUACUAUAUGCGUGUGUGUGGAUGAGUGUAAAUAAUGUACAUAUCACAGCUGAUACUGGUGGACUUCUGGGUUAUAUGUGCAUAAGUUCCUUGACUGACGUGUCUCCUGCUUUGUCCAAACGAUAAAGUCCAUCUAAUGUAUCACUGUUGUACAUCUGUGUGUG